GAGGAGGAUAAAGACGGCUGAAAAACAAGGCGAGGACGGAGGAGAGAAUAAAUAACUCUUUUGCCAUUGUCCCAUUAUUAAACCACGUCAAAAGCUGCUGGUGCUUGUAAUUACAUUUUGUGGUUCAAACAAAUACUUGGCAUGUAAACGGACUUUGUAAACUGAGCGCAAGAUCUCCAAUGUUAUGCAAAAACACAUAAGAGUAAGGAGAAAUGUUUUCACAGCAGGCUCGCAGUCAGAAAUCUGUGUCAGGUAAGAAGAUGUGGGUCAGACAAACCUAUUCAGUAAACACAGAUUUAAGCUUCUGGGUGAAUGUAGGUGCACAAAUAGAUGCAUAUGUGUGAUGCAUGAAGGCACAAUUAUACAUUCUCCAUACUGUGAAUGCCAGCACACGUGAAUUCACAGAAAUAAUUAGACAGCAAGAAUGGCCAGUGAGUUAACAUGCCACUCUUUAAACAUGCUGUCACUGAAUGGUUCCCUUUCUUUCUGCCUGGAUGAUAUAAUGGCUUUACACACCCUGAAUUACAGACACACCCUGCUGCUAUAACAACCAACCAAAAGGGAAAAAGGAAAAAGGAGAGAGAGAGACUAGGUCACAGUGAAAAAGAGAGCGGGAGGCAGUGAAAGGGAGGGAGAUAGUGAGGUCAGAAGUGUCCUUAUUUGGUAAUUCAUGCCUGCGUUUUAACCCUACAUGUUUUUUCUUUGCUCGGAUCUGUUUGUUUUCCGUCUUAUGCAAUUCCUGUGUAACUCAUGGGCUCUCUUGACACAUCAUUUUUUUGUAUGUGAACUUACUUGAAUGAAAGUUUAUUUACUUUGAUAUUUUUUCUAAUGUUAAAGUUCCCACUCUCUUUUUUUUUCACUCCCACUCAUUCCUCUCCUCUAAGCCUUUCUCAUCCUCAGGCAUCUGGUCCUGCUCAAGUAACGGGUGACAGAUUGACCUUUGACCUCCCAGUUGAAACUUCUGAUAUUUCCCAUCCAUCCCAGAGAAAGAGAGUGUGAUAUUUAUUGAAUUUUCCAGGCCAGCAUGCUGGAAGUUCAAUGUUUUGCUCUGUAUGCAUGUGAUGCCCAGCUGUUAAACAUAUAGGAAAACACAGACACAUUCCUCUCAUAAUGACACAUAGUGGACAUAAAUCACACAUUCAGUAGAGCGUGUGUUUUUCCUGUGUUUGUCCUGGAUGCCAGUCAUACCUUAAGUCUCGUAAUAAUGUGACUUUUUUGGAUGAACAGGCUCAGGAGUCAUCUGAAUAGGUAGUUUUCUAAUUGACUGUGCGUUUAUACCACUAACUCUAGCAUUGAGCCUUGUUGAAAGUUGAUGUCGCUGGCCUGCAGAACAGCAUCAUCAGUUCUGUGUCCGUCAUCACUGUCCGAGCAUGAAGAAAAGGACAAAACAUUGGGGGUCAAAUAUGAUCUCUUACUUACAAGGAUAACACUUAAUGUUUUGGCAGCCAUGAAAUUCAUAGUCCUUUUCAAACUGUGCUCACCUAAAGACUUAGUAUAAAACUGAUUAUUUAAUACUUAGGAUUUUCAUGAUAGUGCAGUGUUGCAAUAUUUUGUCAUACAGGUAACAGUGUUUACAUAGGUGUUGGUUUGUAUGUGUAUUUCAUCACCUUAUUAAAAUAAUGGCCUAUGUCACUUUUUGAAGAAAAUGAGUUUUUGGCCUAAAUCAUCUCUAAAGCUAAUUUUCGUCAAAAAUGACUUUGGCCAUUAUUUUUAUAGGGUGACGAUUUCUACACAUUAAGCCUUUCCUCCCAACAUUAAAUUGCUUUACCAUAAGCUAGAUGUUUCGAAUAUGAAUGUUAUUUUUAACUACCUGCUUCAAACAGUAGUACCCAAUAGCUAGCUAUUUUGUCUAUCUAUAUUUUAGCUAACUAUCCGAACUGUUUUACAAAUCAGAAUUUAUCUGGUCUUUUAUUUAGCUAUCUCUCACAGUUACUUUGAGCCAACGAUUCAAGCUAACUUUUGCAUGAUUAAGCGAAUUAUACAGGUAUCUUUUUGCUUGCUAUCUCAACAGUUUGCACCAUCACGUUAAGCCCCAAACUCAACCAUCUGUUUCAUGUAUCUAUUACUUCAAACCAGAAAUUUUGACUUUCAUGUAUCUUAUGGUUAACUUUUAAAACCUUAUAUAGUACCUCAAUAAAUAAAACAAUUACUUUGAGCUAUCAUCAGUUAUGCCAACAAUCUUAGCAAUCAGCACAAUCUAUCUAUGUAUAUUUUUAAUACUAUCUUUUUACCUUACUCUAGGUCAACUACUCAGAUCUAUUUCAAGAUCAACUUUUAUUUUGAAUUUUAUGUAUUAGUGGGCAAUAAACUUUUUUUUCUUUUUUUUUAUGUACUCCCAAAAUCUUACCAUUGUAUACAGUGUCUUAUUUGGUCCAUAUACCCCAGAUUGUAAGUCAUGCUCUUGAAAGUUUUCCAUUGUAGUUUAGGUACUCCUGGUAGAGCUGGUGAAUAUUUAAUUCAAUUUUUUCACACUGAAGAGCAAAAAAGAAAAAAAAUUCCAUUGUUAAUGCCUCCCUGCUGGUUGUGGUAUGCAUAUUGGCUCUAUGCCUCAAGUUCCACUCCGCAAAAUAGGCUCAGAUGACCCAAUCUCCCGGGAGAGUAUUUGAAGUAAACAGGUCCACAUUGUACCUUUCCAUUCCUCUGUGCAGACUAUGGCUGUGUCACUUCAGCUAUUUUUUUAACAUCAGUCCUUUCACUUACCUCUUUAGUUCAGUUUUCUUGCCGCACACUCCCUUUUUGUAUGGUUCAUUUUCUAUAUCCAAACUACACAUUUCUUUUCUAGUCACCUGUUGCUUUGCACUUGUCUUUAACUUGCCUAAACAUAUUCCCUUCUCUUUAUUGCAUGCACUUAAAAAGAAGUCAAGUGUUUUGGAAGAGCCAGUAAAAACAAAUGUCAGAAGUGAUUUAACGACUGAACAAGAGUUUUCCAACCUGACGUUAAUUAGGUUAUCACCUGCAGCGGUUCCCACGAACUGUUAGCAUGUCUGGUCACGAACCUAGGCCUACCUGUUUAAGAGAGGGAAAAUGAGUGCUGCACUUUAUAUUUUGUUGGGUUUGUUUUGAAUAAAUUAUGAAUUGGUUACAUUAGAGUAAAUUUUAACUACUACUAUCAUGUCAACAUACAAAUAUCAAAGCUUUACAAGACCUAAAGUGAGUUUUUGAAGAGUGCUUUGAACACAUCAGUCCUAAUAUUUACAUGCUGAAAGGACUCUGAAAGGUUUACCUCAAAUCCAUCCAAGUUAUUUGUUUUUACUUCGAGCUAGAUAAAUUGUUUGUGUAAAGUAGCUUUAAAAGUUGCCAAUUCCCCUAAGAGGGAAAAGUGGAGUAAAAUAUUUUCUUUAACCUUGCUAUGAUAGCUGAGUGUUUGAAACUGCCCAACAGUGAGAGUUUCAAGGUUCUAAAGCCCAGUAUCUACCCUGUCAAGUGUUCUUGAGCCAGACAAAACAUACUUAUCUGCUCUAGUGGGCCUAUCCUGUAGGCCUACCUGACCUCUGACCUCCUUUUGGAUUUGGGGUAAAUAAACUACUGUUCCUAAAAUAUAUCACCUUUAUUCGAGAGGAAACAAAGGCAAGUUUUAAGUUUCAAAAAAUACUGCAUGUGUUUUUUCUGCAGUAAAAGGAAAACUGCUCUGUCAGUGGGGUGAAAGUAUUUGAUAGAAAAUAAACACAUUAGAGAUGUGAUUAGUGGCCAAGAGUAGUGCAGACAGAUCUGCUUUCGUGGGUCCGUUUUGGCAGCAGAUACAGUGGGAAAUAGUUGAAGUCACCACUGCUACUUGUUCUCAAGCAGACAAAGGUCAGACUAGACCUUGUUGACACAUAAGGGUGAACGGGGAUGAUGCAGUCCAUCCUGAAAGUGGCUGGUACUUAUAUGGUCAUAAAAAUCCUUAGUAUGCACAUACCUUUCUCAUUAAGCACAGCUUUAUCUGUACCCUCUCCCCCCUCCUCUCAACUCUUUCAAGUUCAGUUUUUUCUGCUCCCGAGGCCUGCCCCAAUACUUCUUAUCCCCUCGAUUAGAGCCCGCCUCUUGAAUGAUUUAAUUGGUCUAAAUGGUCAAAGCGCGGCUGCCAUUGGGCACAUAGGCGGGACAUGGUGUCCGGGACCGGCCUCUUCCUGGACCGCACCCCGGGUACUGCUGUCUGCGCACUGAGUGAAAUUAGGCGAACCAGUCAGCAGGCAGCGGAGGAGGGAGGGCAAAAGGAAGAAGGGGAGAAAAAAAAAAGCCAGAAAGAGUGACUGAAGUAGAGAGAAAGAGAGGGAGGAAGCGAGCGACUGUAGUUUAGCCUGAACUCUCUGCGAAGCUGCUGUCGACAGGAAAAGAAGUUUAACUCGAGGCGACGCUGACUGAACCACCUGGUUGUUGUUAGCCACCCACAGAAAGGCGUCCUGCAACCAAAAAAGCAGGUAAUGUCUCUAACUUAAAUUAUUUCGUCUACCAUGCUUUCAGUACGCCUUAUUCCCCCAACUCAUUCAAUCUGCCCGUCACUCCAGCAAGUGCAGCAAACCAGGAAGCACGGUGCUAGUUCACUGCCGCAACUUCAGCAACCGCGCUGCACUGGGUGGAGUGGGAUCUCCUUAACAGAUUUGAGCUGAGGUUUUUUUAACUUUAACAUCUCACAAGUGAAGCUGUAUUAUUAUUUACAUUUAGGAACGCCUUCCUUGUGGUCUUAUUGUGAUGAAAUGGUCAUGAAAUGUAGCUUCAGCGUUGUGGCAGCGGCCGAAAAGCUGAAAGCCAUAACGGUGGAGACAGGAAGUGGUUCGGUUGAAUGAGUUGCAGAAAAAGGGGGCCGGUGAGGAGUUUUGAUUCAAGUGGAAGUAUCAGAAAAGUUAAUUCGCAGCGAUUAUACGCGGGUUUUUGGAUGUUAAACCGGGUGGUUUUAAUGAACGGUGUCUGGAUUUAACUUUUUGGUCGGUAAACGGUUAGAAACGGACGCCGUGUGUGGCCAGUAACAUGUCUGGCUCGCGGCAUGACGUCACCGUUUCACCGGUGGACCGAAAAAAAAACGGCGCUGUGCUUUUCCGCCGAAGACUCUUCAACCUCACAGAAAACUUCAUAAGUGCCUGUCUUUGUCUUUCAGUUUUUUAUCUCCCUAACCUUUAGGGAGUUUACACCUAACAAACCUAACAUGGUGAUGAAGUUCAGUCCCAUUUGAUUUGUUUCAUCAUGGUCUCUUUCUGUACCGUUUUUGUAGAUGGGAGUAGGGUAGAUAUUAUUAAAAAAUGAGCAGUAGGGUUGAAAAAAGUACCAAAAUGAUAUAUUCAAGUAUUAGUGCAUGUACUUAAAAGCUCCUGUGAGGAACUCUCCAUCCCUGUGAAUUCUUGCGCCCCCUGUGGACAAAGUUGUACCUCCGUUAUUCUCUAAUUUUACAAAGUCAUUUUUACAAUACCAUGAUCUUGUCCUAGAAAUCAAUUUUAGACUAAAGAUCUUGUGCUGUCAAUUACCUGGUGUGGCUCCCACCCCCUUACAGUAAUCACAGGCUUUAGAAAUUUCUGUAUAGGAAUCUUCAAGCAUGCUGCUGAUGGCUUUAUUUGCUUUCAUAUGUCUUGAAUAUGUAUUAGAAUGAAUUUCAUUAUGUUUAAUAAUAAGCUUAAAAAAACCUCCUAGGAACUUUAAAGCUUCUGUGAGGAACUUUCCAUUUGUGUCAGUUUGGCACCCCCUGUGGACCAACCAUCUAUGCGUAACUUGUCCUCUACAUGCUUUACUAGUGUCCUGACAAAAAAAAAAUAUAUAUAUAUAUUCAUAUGUUUAGUCACACUGGCUUCAGGCUGACCAUAUUGUUCGCAGCAUGAAAAGGCAUCAGUAUGAAUUUCAUUUGAGGUGACUUUUAUAACCAGUUAACAAGAAUUCCUCACAGGAGCUUUAAGUAGAAGUUAAACUACUGUUGAUCUGCUCAAACUAAGGAAGAAAUUGCUUUAUGCAGCCCCAAGUAGGGCUGCUCGAUCGCAGCAAAGGCAGAAAAUAUAUUAAAGUAAUUUGAAUUGAAUAUUCAAAAUCACUUUGAUAUUGAGAUGAAGGUGUUAUGAGCAUGAUUACGCAUUACAUGCACUCUUUAAUAUUCUAAACAUGUGUUUGUGAAUGCAUAAUGUAUUGGGAUGCAGGUCGAGGUUUCUCACUGUUCACUCUGGAUAUUGUCGGCCUGUUAUUGCUCCAUCCUCAUGCUCACUCUGUCCCUCUGCUUUACUAACGCACACUUGAUACUUUUACAAAGCUUCUGCAUUUUUAGUUUUUGUCUACAUGAUUAGACAGAAUGUUAAAUUGAAAGGUGCUCCCAAUAUUUUGUCCACUUGAUCAGCAAAUAUGAUGGGAGUAAAAUACCUUUUUAAUAUUAUACUCUCAAGCACACCAGCAACACCCACUACGAUUUCAUCAAUGAAUAUAAAGAACACUUAUAACCUGAAGGAUACAGAAGGACAAUACAGAAAGACAAUAUUAGCUGAUUUUUUGAAAAUUUUUUAGUUGAUAUGCAAUCUUUGUUUGUUUGCUACACUGCUGAACGAUAUAAUUGAGCACGAUUACUACAAGCCUGGUGUCAGAUUUGCUGAUAAAGGCCUAAACCAAGUGUGAAGAAGACAACAGACUUAGUCCCAAAUCAUAAAAGACAUUGAUCAUUUAAUAUAGUGAAUAUAAAUGAAAAAGAUAUAUUGAAAUGUUUUUUUCUGAUAUUGUGCAGCUACACCAGACAGUUUUUUGAAAAAUUGUAUAAAGUCUGUGCCUUCAAUACAGGUUUGUUUUUGCAGUUAAUGUAAAUCAAACUAGCAUAAACUUCAUCAGAGGAGACAGUGUUGUAGAUAGUGUUUGAGUUAAUCCUGAAUGACUUUUGGACAGAAUAUACACAAGAACAAUGGCUGAGAAUGAUAAGGUUUGCCUUCCAACAGGAACAUAGUCUGCCAUGAUUAUGACAGCAGAAGUUUACCAUGACAACUUUAUGGGAUUUUUCAACCCUGUGCCAUGCAAAGAGUGAUUUAUGUAUGAAAGUCUGACAUUGAAAAAUCAUAUAUUUUCACAAGGAACGCUGAUCUUACGUAGAAAAAUUCUCAUGCUGCGUCAUUGUGUACCUAUAUAAGAGUUGUGCUCUGUCAGUCCAAUCCAUGUUUGCUCUGUCAGAUGGCACAUCAUUGUUUGCAAUCUGAGAAGCAAACACACUUUGCAUGCUUGCACGCUCUGCUGAUUUGUAGCUUGGCAAGUUGUGUGAAUGAGCAUUUUCAGAGAUGGUAUGCAUGGCAUCAACCUACUUAUUAUAUUGUCUCAGAGUGUGAGCAGCACCUAUUUGUGCUCAUUUGCUUUAAUCAGAACCACCCACUUUAUUUGGCUGUUUUUUUUUUUCGUGCCGGAAAUGUAUCACCCCACUGCAUGGGCGUAGUUUUUUGAAGCAUUUUUGAAAUUCAAGUACUGACGUGAUUGAGCAAAUGCAGAAGUAAUCGUGUAGUUUUUUUUCUAACAAAGUCAUCCCUCAAGCUGAUGGCUUGACAGAUAAUGCAUGCACUCACAAUCACUGUGCUUCCUAAUAGAGGCAUAUCAGUGUAUACCUUUUGGUGAAGAGGCACACUGGAUGACAUGUGGUCUACCAUAUCCUGUUACUGUUAUUGCAUUUGAGUCAUGAAUCAAACCCAGCCAAUGCAUUGUGCAACGGCCUCUCUGGAGUCCUGUUCUUCCCACUCAUUGCUUGUUUCAUUGCUGUUACGGACCCCCUGCAGAUGUUGUUACAUUCCAUCAUUCAUGUGUCAGCAAUGUCCACACACACGGGCCCCCCUGUGAGAGUGAUGUACUGUAGUGCUAGACAAAAUUACCCACAGGCAUCUUAAAAUGGUGUAUGAUGCUGUUCAAUCCCCCAAAUUGAGCCAGUCUGAGUGAACAUGCCUGUGGAUAUUUGGAUUUCAUUGAAGGACAGUCGUGCUGACUGAGACAGAUUACUCACAGACCUCCUGAUUUUGUUGCAAAAGAGGGCUGCGUGGGGAGGGCAAUGUGACAUGACUUGGAGAUUACAACUCACAGUUAUUUCUUGGCAAGAAGUCCCAUGAUUUUUUUAAUUCAUCAGAUGUAUGUGUGAUUUGAAGAGUAUGCAUUUGCCUCAUUAUCCCUUGAACUCAGGUGUAGAGAAGGGAAACAUGCAGACAAAAGAAGUACAUGUAGUCAUUGUUGUAAUCUGAUACCAUAAUGUGCAUCCCAACACCAAAAUCAGCUUUAUUCUUCUUCUCAAUCAGUUGUCCUUUCAGAAAAAGUCAGUAUGUCUUUCUCAGUAGCACACUACAAUGCGUAAAACAAUUUUCUUGUUAAAAUGGCAAGGAUUAACGAUGAGGUUUUGUUAUGGGUGUUGCACCAAAGCUCUUUAGGAACUGUAUUUCUGGAGUAUUUCAUAUAAACAAUAAGGCCAUGAGCUGCAUUUUUCUCUACCGAUUGGCAUCUUCAUUUUGAACAUCUUAAUAAAGCUGAAGUAGAUAAAGUAAACAUAAAAAGUAAAUAUUUAGGAUAAUAUUAAUCACCAUACUCAAUACAAUACAGAUGGUUAAUGUUUGAAAGGAGUAGGAUGAAGUUAAUGAAGCAUUUUAUCGGGUCAGGACCUCUUCAGGAAUUAUUUGCAGUGCAAAUAUCUUUAGGGUAUCUGGAAUGUAUAAAUAUUUUUGUUCCAUGCUGGUAUUUGAGUGGAAGUCUACUCUACUGGCCUAUAUACAAGUCCAGAUUUUGAAUCAAAACCAGGAGAGAAUUCAGCCAUUAUUGUGUGCAAACACAUUCUUAGUUAAAUCCUUUUUAACUUCUUAACAAAUUAAAACUUCUUAACAACUUUGUAGCAUAUUUCGAGAGCUGACUAAGAACCUGUUUGUUGCAUAGUUGUGCCAAUUUUUUACAUCCCCUCACGGUGUUUCUAGUAAUUCCUAACACAAGUUAAUGGAUGUUGUCUGAGUUGUAGGGCACUGAAGUGUCAUGCAGUUUCCCCACUAAGUCAGCUGAGAUUCAUUCAUGCAAGCAAAACAUCCCAGUCAGAGUGGAGGCUGUUCAGAUUCUCCAUUAACCAUAGCAGAGCUAAUCAUGCCCUUCUCUGCUUGUUGCUCAGAGUCAGCAGGAGGUGAAUGUCAUCUUAUGUAUGCAGAUUGAGACGCAUAGCUUGCAUGUGUGCUAUUUGUACUGUAUGUUGUUGGAAGUCUUUACUGGAAUGUGCUUUUCAGUGGAUUAUCAGAGUAAUAGUUUAUUGAUCUGAUUCAUUAGCAAUAUUGUGGAUGCUUCCGAGUGUUGAAUGCACUUAACUCCAAGACAAAAUUUCACUUAAGGGACAGCAUCGUAUCGUAUUAUAUUGUAUUGUAUCAUAUCGUAUUGUAUCGUAUCAUAUUGUAUUGUAUCGUACUGUUUCGUAUCAUAUUGUAUCGUAUUGUAUUGUUUCGUAUCCUAUCGUAUCGUAUCGUAUUGUGUUGUUCAUAUUGUCUUGUAUCGUAUCAUAUUGUAUUGUGUCACAUCAUAUUGUAGCGUAUUGUUUCGUAUCGUAUUGUACCGUAUUGGCUUUCUGCAUGUUGUGCUACAUAUCUUUAGUUCUAACCCGCUAUUCAGUUUUUCUUCUCUUGGCAUCUUCUCUUUUCAUUUAAAAAAAAAAUAUAUAUUUCUCUUGCUAUAAAAAAAAAGAAAAGGUUGACUGCCUGGGCUCAAGGAUGUGUUUUCAGUUGUAUCUGCCGCAGGUUUCUAGUUUCUUUCAGUCUAGUUUAUUUCUGUCAUUUCCUUGUGUUCUCAGUCUCCUCAGGGGACCUUUUGUUGGCGAUGUCUACCUCCCCUCAGUGUUCUCCUUCAUUUUAACCCCCCACCCAUGUCUUUUCCUUUGCUUGUGUAUUUUAUCACCACCCCGUCCUUCCCUCCAUCCUCCCCCUCAUUGCUCACACCUGUAACGUUUCAGUGGGACUGCACAAUACCAGGAAAUGGUUUUGCUUUGACCCUGGCAUUACGCAGAAAGGACUUGUUGAGAUUUCUGAUCUCCACAGAGGAACACUGCUUUCUGUUUUGUACCAGAAGUGAUGAGGUAAUGUUUGAUCUGAGAUUACUGACCUACACUCGAGCCUGUCUGGAGUGCCAGUUUAAGUAUUAAGUGAUAGUUUGCAGCACUGAGCUCCCCCUCUCCUUUGUGUUUUUAAGGUUUGCCUCAGUCUCUGUUGCGUUUGACACUGUAGUUAGGAAAUAAAUCCCUGUAUUUAUCAAAAGAUCAUGUAUUAAGUUUAGAAAGUGUCUGGUUUGUAGGAAAAGGAGCAGUUCUUCUUUACAUGUCAGAAAAUAGACUUUGCCCGCAGCUAAGGUGUCUGUCUGUGUGUGUGAGCUGCACACCUGGUGAGUGACUCCACAAGGAAGUGGUUAGCACUUUGCACAGCCGAGUUUCUGCAGACACUCCUGCACCUUGAACUUUGAAACAUGCUGCGUAAUGGGUCUAACGUCUGUCUACUAUUGGAUGGUUUACUCUUGUGUCUGUCCACAUCAUGGAGCCCACCAGAUGUUGAGGUUGUCCACCCAGCAUGUGAUCCUUUUAGAGCUCCUUUAAAGCAUUGUUUGAUGGGAUGAUUGUUACAGUGAGAUUGGCCUGAGUGACUGAAAGGAAGAAUUCUUGGCAGAGAUAACAAGUGAUAGCGCAAAACAAGCCUCUUGAUAACCCUGAGAGUGGGAGGCCUGUCUGGUAGCAGAGUGAAUAGUAUGAGAAAAUACGAGCUCAGGUGGAGUAUUAAUGGUUCUUUUCUUGGUCUGAAAUAAUAAGUAGCUGUGCCAGUUCAGCAUUCUUCAGAAAGAUAAGUUGCUGACAUGUUAAAGUACCUUAACUCCCCUCUGCAUUCCUUUACUGCAGGUUUAAAGGCUUACAUAACCAGCUGUCUAUUUAUUCAGAGGUCAACACUAUCAGCGAGUUUCAGUAAAAGAGUAAACCGGUGCUAUUCCGUCAAAUAGUCCAUCAGUUGUGCGUUCAAUGAUAUGAUCAGACAGCUGUCUGAAUGGUGAAUGUGGAAUUUGUUCUGUGACCCUGCAAACGCUGAGCUCAUCAGACCAACGCCCAGCUUUCAAUUAUCUGUCUUCACAUUAACUGAAGAGUUUCUUCAGCCUGUUGUCUUUUUACCCCUUUAGUCAUUAGUCAAACAGCAGGCGGACGUUACAACGUUUUACAGCACAGGUUAAAACUCUUGACCUGAUACUUGGACUCGCCUGAGUCACCGUUAGUGGAGGCAGCUGUGUUUGCCUAAGAGGACAGUCUGUAGAGAGGCUGUGUUAAUUUGAUCGAAUAUAAAUUAAACUCUGUUCAGACAUGAUAACGUAUUGUAUCCUGUUGUGAAUCAUGUAGGAAUCCCAACAUUUUUUUUACUAGUCAUGUGAAACGUUGCCUUUUUUGAAGCGAGCGCACACGUGCCUGAAGAGCCUUUGUAACUUGAGAGACAGUGAAGUACAUUUUUAACACAGGCUCCUAAGUUCAAUCUCAUACUUGUCUUAAACCCAUCCAUUAUAUCAAACCAGCUGAUCCUUCUUAGAGGCUUUGUUGGUAAAACUUCAGACAGGUCCAAACAGAUGCUCAGACAAGAUGCAGCUUUAAUGUCCUGAAAGCCGGAUUAAACAAGUAAUUUCUUUCCCUUAACUGACCGAUGAAGAUAAUUCCACUGUGACUCUCUCAUAGGUUAAUUAUCUGGUUAACUAUCAGAGGGCAGCCCCUCAAAAUCUGAAACACGGCAUGCUGGUGUUAAUGAAAGGGUACUAAGUGCAUCUGAUGUAAACUGCUGGUGUAGGCGGAGUGCUGAGAGCUUUCGGUAAGACCCAGUCGAGCCUGUGGUUGUAAAUGGUAGAUGGCAUUGGCCAGCUUACAGUUAAAAGUGAAAUUGGAUCCUGGUCGGGGCAGGAAUGCGAAAAGUAAUGUGGAAAGUGAUGUAGAUCUGUCAUGCAGUGCGGUUAUUUUCCAGCAAGGGCUUAAUUUGCUCCUCGAUCUUCUGAGGCAGCCGGCAUGUGCUCAAGAAAACGCCACCUUCCCUCCUGCUUCAGACGCACACACGAGCUCUACAAAUGGCGAAAUAGUUUUCUCGGCUUGUCAUUUCCUCCUUCCUUUCCUUUCUUCUCCUUGCCCCACCCUUCUAACUUUCAGAGAAGGGCGAAGGGGAGAAAAAGCCAACAUGUGUGCCCCGUAAUGAAUCUUGACUGGACUCGGUACCGUGCUUUUCCCACUCUUGUAUUAAUGAGGACCAACAGUCAGUCGAUCAUUGAACUGUGAGGUGAAUGUGGUGCUAACUAAGGCCAAGUCACAAGAACUCAGACUUUUAGUAUUUGUUGGAACGGCCAGUACAAACAGAAUGGAGUGACAACAGCAGGAAUUUCUCAGCUUGAGUUUGCUGGGAUGUUUAGUUAGUAUGGAGUUGUUGUGGGAGUGCAAUAUUAUUGACUUAUGUGUGGUUCUAUUUAUAUUCUUGUCAAUGGGUCAGUGAACACAGCACAGCUGCUUUAUAGGCUCCCCUCAGCCAGAGCAGGAGGUUUGACUGUACAUGGGCAUGCUGUGGUGGAGGCCGACACGUCUCCUGGUUUUUACAGUCACUAAGGGAGAGUCGGUGAGGUGGAAAGGAAUGAGAGGGAGUCUGACUCUUGACUGAUGAUGGCCUCGGUUUCUUAAAGACGAAGGUCGACCUGCUUCCUAAAUGUGACAGUAAAAACUGAAAAGGACGCUCUGCAGCUCUCCCCUUUUUCCUUGUUCUUCUUACACCUCCUCCUGCACUUCCUCUUUCGAACCAUACUGUGAAGAGAACAGUGGCUAAAACUGGCCUCUUCCUUGUUUUUUGUUUUCAGGUUCCUCUUCCUCGGACAGGACACUCCUAACUCUGUUUUCAUGUGUGAAUUUCAAGAAGGAAAAAAAACCCUCUUAUUGUCUUUCGGUCAGUUUUCAUAAAGUUCAGGGGUCUUGCCAAAAGCUCGUUUUGGGAUUAUUUUGUGUUUCAUGUUCUGCCAUGUGUUGAAUUAGGAAAAAUCCUUGUUAUGAUUAUCCCACCUCACUAAUCCCAUUGUAAAUGGGUCUUAACAGAACCAAGGGUGAUGCUUUAACAGCCAAGAGGUGUUAGAAAGUAGUGAGGAAUCAAGGAGACCUUGAUUGGUACAGGAUUAUGGAGGACCUGGCCAAGCAGCAGCAGCAGCACCCUGAGCCAAGUGUUUAUGCUCACUGUUUAAUCUCAAAGUCAAGACAACAUCCAUGUCUUCAAUCUGUCUGCUCAAAGGGAGGGCCUGCAUCAAAAGCUGAGAUAAUAGGAUUUUGUCUUCCCUCGCUUUCUUUUGGUUUAGAUAUAGAGCAGUGCAUGUCAGACAGGAAUAGCUGCAGCAGUCAUUUUUAGUCUUCAUGGGAUCCUCCUGAGAGGUGCUCAAAGUGUGUCACUGAAGAAAUCUGUGGCAAGAAUGUGAGUCAGAGAGAGGCCCGCAAACAUACAAAGAUCUCCCUCUUCUGGUUUGAGUCUUAUUGAUCAUCGCUGGAAGGACUUGUUGCGAUAAACUGAACAUAAUUGAUGCAAAAUUAAAAUAUACCAGUAUUUAUUAUGAUGUGAAAAAGAAAUGCUGAUUCUCUUGCCUGUUUAGAUUAAAUGAAUUGCUGCUGAUGUUUUUAUUCAAGUUAAAACUAAAAACCCAAAUUAAUCCUUGCAAUAAAAAUAUCAGGUGAGGACUGUCAGUCAUUACACUAUUUGUGUAUUUGUGCACAAAAUCAGUCAAACAGAAAUGCAAAAAGAAAAAACAACCUUCUCCUACAUACAAAAAUUAAUUUAGAAAAAUAACUUAAAACCAGCCCAACAAAUACCUCCUUUUUCAAGGAUAAGAGGCUGCUGUGGUGCGUGAUACAUAUGAUCCUCCAGUUGUCUGUUUUUUUUCUCUUACUGAAAAAACGACUGUUCUUCUUCUUAGUCACUCACCAAAUAUAAAAUGAAUGUUAGCGAAUGGCGGUGCAAAUAGUGACCACUGUGGAGGAGUGGUUCUAUGUGGAUAUAAAAGGCUCACUCUGAGCAAACAAAACAAAGUUAUUUUAUAUAAUUAUUACACACAUUUAGACAAACUUUCAGUUAAUAUAUUCCUGCUAUGCUGCCAAAUACUGUGUAUUGUAUCUUUAAGUGAACACAAAUUGAAUAUCACACAUCUGAAAUCCGUUAUCAGUUCACACUUUUGUCUCUUUGGAAUACUCUCUGAAUGGCUCUUGAUUUAUUUGACUGCAGCAACAGGUUGUUUUUUGUCUCUAUUCCUUGGAUGUGCCUCUCAUGCUAUUAUCACCAUGUCCAACAUGUCUCCCUGUAGUUUGGGUGUAAUACUAAAGGGACAAACUGGAGCAGCACUUGAGCUUUGGGCGUGUUUGGCCUGUUCUGUUUUGCUUGUUUUUGCCAAACAACAAAAGCUACAGAGAUUAUAACAAUUCACUUUGUAUAUUCAUCCUGUCAGGGCCCCAACUGUGAUUGUGAUUGGAAAGUACUGGUAAAUUGGAUUUUAAAAGUAGCAUGGCAUUGGGAACAUUCGCAGAGAGACUUGGAGCCAUCAGGUCUGCUUGAUUGAUGCAGCUAUGGUUGUGAGGAGGAGAUGCUGAUCUCCACUGAGAGAUGAAACCCCUGAAGGCAUAACAUGACCAGCUGAUGUAAUGGGAAUAAGAGGAGAGUAAAGAGCAGGAAGGAAAGCCAUUGAAUAAGUGAGGAAGAUGUAAAGAGGCAAGCACAGAAAUGUGUGGAAUGCCUCUGCUCGCUGUCUCUCCCUGAUAAAGGGUCAGUAUGGGAGGAAUGCAACCCUGAAAAGACUGGAUAAACAGAGAGAGAGGGGAGGGAGGGGCGUGUUAGGACUCUGGAGAGGGAGAGGAGGGCGACUGAAAGGAGUGUGCAGCCAGCUGAGAGGUAAAGCAGGACUAAUUUGCCCCACGUUGUGUUACAGGAUGGAGAUGGUACACAGGAGAUGAGUUUGGAGGCGGGUCAUGGCGGGUGAUAGACGUCAGCUGUAGUGCAGCCUGACAGAGCAGUGAUGGAGUACAAGGGCAGGCAAGGGGUCAUGAGAAGAAUGGCUCUUCAUCUGCUUUCUUUCUCAGAGAUCAGGGUUAAUGUGCUGGAACAGACACCACUGACAUAACCCUGUUCGACUUCUCUCUCUUUCUGAGGAACCUCAGAGGCUGAAGUGGUCUCCAGUGAGCCUCAAGAGUGAUGCUUGGCUAGUUUACAUAUUUGUGAAAUAGUUAGUGGCCUUGGGUAAUUGUUGCUCUACAGUUGAGUCCAGCUGAAUAGAUCGAUUUUCCAGUGCAAAUAUAAACUAAACAUUAUUGAGAUAUAAAGAUGUUUUUUAAUCUAAAUGUACAGCAGUUAUUUAGAAGUAGCGGAUAGCAAGGCCAGCACCAUUUGUCAAAACAGUAAAAAGUAUCCAACUAAUACCUCCACUGAGACCUUUAGUAAUAGUAUUUGUUAACUGUUAUAUUUAUUGCAAUACAGUCAAACUACUAGGAUAUGUUUACUGCAGGUGCUCAUAUUGUGAUAACAGGGUCAUCUUGAUUCAUUUGAUAGAUGUGAUUGAUUUGAACUAGAUGCACUGAAGUUUGAAUGUCACAGUAAGAACACUUGAGGUAGGAUUUUUGUGCUAUUAGAAGUUCUUUCACAGUGAUCUUGAAAAAUGACAUCAUCUCUAAUCAAGAUUAUGUUAAAAAAAAGUAAGUCAUGUAAGACAGGAAAUAUAUGUCAUAAAUUGUUCAAUUGGACUUAAAUUAAUGUUUUAGCUAUGAAGUCAUGGCACAUUCAGGGUUAGUGUAAUUAAUAAUCUGGGCUUGUAAGAGCAGCGUUUCCUCUCAAGAUGACGGAAACCAUGUCCAGCAGUUAGAAAAAGUAUUAUAGCUGUAUUGUAAAUCAGAGUCUUUUCUGCGGUGUUGCGUAAAGGAGUGUUUCAUAAUGAGAGGCAUGAGAACGUGGCCUCAGCACCUCGUCCCACUGGACAACAUUACAAUGAGAAAGUACUCUGAUGGACACAGGAAACACUUGGAGCUAAUGUUUUAUUUCAGACAUAAGGAUAAACAUAUACGUCUGGGCCAAAAGUGACCCCUCUUUGAUUUCCUCAAUGUUUGCAUACGAGCAGCACAGCAUAUUCAAACAAGCCUGUGUACUAGCCCCGCCCUCGGUUUUGUGUUUGGUGGCGAGUGAACACUGAGACAGCCUGAUGACCCUGGUGGGAAAACGGUGUCGUGCUCCUGCUGUGCUGGAAUGAUAAUUGGGAAGGUAAAGUCAGGGGCCUUGGUGUCAGUGAAAGCACAUCAUGUUCAGUUAAAGGCCUACACUUUGUGUGCCCUCAGUCUAAAUGAGGGGUUGACUCGAGCACACUCUCUUUUUUUUUUUUCACCAUGAUACUGGUUACACUGGUCGAGUGACUUUUUAUAUGGGUUAAACUGCAGCACUCCCUGUCAACAACACAUUAAUUUGUCAGCUCUCAGAAGCGUUUUGAAACCAGGACAGCUUGUUCCGAGCUUUUUAACCUCAAUAUACGCAGGGUAUGGUUUAUUUUAACCUUUGACUUGAAACCGUUUUAUGCAGCAUAUACUGUCAACCAUUCAUUUGGCAAUUUAGAAAACCUUUUUAAUAGUACAAGUUAUCUAUAUUCACUGUAGGAACAAUGUUAGAGCUGGAGAGCUUUAUGUGUAAUAGGUCAGCCUACAUUAGGUUCAUAUAUAGUCCUGUGCGUCAAUUUUGUUAGCUCUGUAAGGUAGUUUCUGACAGAGGUAGCAUUAGAAAGAAAGUCAAAAUCGGAACUAUCUCUUGAUUGUUUCAAUUUGGUUCUGUACUGUUGUUUACUGCUUCUGUAAAAUACCUGAGUAGAUCAUCAUUACUCUGGAAAUACAGAGAAAGUUGAAUAUCAGCAACAUCAUUACCCUGUGAUAGGGGUGUUUUCAUACUUUUCUUUUCUCUCUUUGAUCUACAGUUCCAUCAAAGCAGAAAAAAAUACAACAAAUGCUCUGAGAGACUUUUUUUGUUUCAGAUUUAGUGACUGGUUUGCCCCAUCUCUCCAACAUCAUGCUUUGCUUCCCACCAGCAGACUCAGUCUACAGCUGUGUUUUGUUGUGGUGCUCACUCAGACAAACUGGAGGCCUCUCUGCUGCUCAGAGAUGAAGUUAGGUCUUUGUGAUCUCGGUCAACGGCUUCUCUAUAGUGUCACUCAGGUGGCUUAGCGGCUGGAAAUUUGAUUAAGCAUUCACAGCAGUUAGCCGAAAGAAGAACAGGGAGACUUGUUUGACAUGCUUGUUUUAUGUCGACCUGACCUAACUCGAGCAGACUCUUCCUGUCAAACAUCCCAUCAGCUGUGACCUUUUGAAUUCCUCAGAUGUCAUGUGAGGAUGUGAGAGUAGUGAAGGUCUGGUCCUUUAAACCUUUUAUGCAACAAAGGUGUCUUUUUUUCUGCUGGAUAUUACAGUAGAUGUGCAUGUAUUUAACUGUCUAAGUUAAACAUUUCGAUGCUGAAUUUGAAACCACAUCUCCGAUCACCAACACUUGAGCCAAAGACAUUUUUUCGCAAUACAUAGUUUUUGCAUAAACAACAAAAUUUUAUGUUAAAGUUGAAAAGGUGCAACAAAAUGAAAAAAACGACCCAUCGACAUGAUCGUUUACAACAUUAUCAUUGUAAGGCAGCAAUAUUUGUAUAAAAACCAUCCAGCAAACCCUGAUUUAGAGGACCAUGUGAUAUCCUGUCACUAACCACAAACAACCUUUCUGUCUUUCUGAAACAGCCAACAUGUCAGCCGCUGACAAGUUCCUGUACGUAGACCGCAACCUGAUCAACAACCCUCUGGCGCAGGCUGACUGGGCCACCAAGAAGCUGGUAUGGGUUCCAUCAGAGCGCCUGGGCUUCGAGGCCGGCUCAGUGAAGGAGGAGCGCGGCGACGAGUGCAUGGUGGAGCUGGCAGACUCUGGGAAGAAGAUCAAGGUGAACAAGGAUGACAUCCAGAAGAUGAACCCACCAAAGUUCAGCAAGGUGGAAGACAUGGCCGAGCUCACAUGCCUGAACGAGGCGUCUGUGCUGCACAACCUGAAGGAGAGAUACUACUCUGGACUCAUAUACGUAAGUAUGAAACACCCACGCACCCCUUUAACACAUGCACCAAACUCGCAGAACAUUAUCUACAGUUGUUUUUAUCCAGCAAAGAUGUAUUGCCAAGAAACGUACAUCUGUUGAGGUUGUGAUCCUUCCAGAUUUUAUCCAGAGUUCUGUGUUUUUCAAGUUCUGAGAGCAUGUCUGACAGAAAAAUCUAGCUAUGUGGACCUCAACAGAUCAUAAAAUUAUUGUGGAUCGAAAGUCCUGAAAAAAAUUACAAGUGUUCUUGUGUGAACGGGGCCAAAGAGUCAAACUGCCUGAACAAAGCAGAAGUCCCUCUGCAGCAGUGAAAUAUUCGGUCACAAGGGUGGACUAACUCGGUCCCCUUGGUGCAGUUAAAAGCAUUUUCUUUUUAAUUGACAUCAGAUCCCUUCUAGUUUAUUAAAAAAACAAUCUUCCAUGGAAAGUCGCCAACCCAGUCUAUCCCCUCGCCCAGCGCCUAAUUAUCUCAUUAAGCCCCAUUGUUUGAGACGACCAUUGUGGGCAAACUGUCAUGAUGAGGCAACUAUGCAGCCUGGUAUGCAGCCGUUCUUUCCUGCACCCUGUCCCCCUCAGCCUCUCCGUCCCUGUAGCUCUGACUUGUUUGCUCUCUCCCUGUGCUCCAUGUUUGGAAUUAUCUUGUAAACAGGAAGCUGCAGGGAACAAUGCAGCCGGGGGUCUGAGGGAUGUGAAGAGAUUUAGGGGAGUGAGGGUGGAGCUCCAUAGUCCCCCCCGCUUUUUAAUUUUAUUUUUUUUUAAGGGAUGAACGUGGAAUGUAAAUUGUUUUGUAACAGCUAUUACUGCCCGAACAAUUAAUCAUCUUUAUCCUGGUGUGCUGGGCUGGGAGUGAUUUGCUCUCUUUGACGCUGUGAUCUGACCCGGUCAUAUCAACACAGCCUGCUGUCCCCUCCCUGGCUCCCCCAAUGGACACAGGCUACGCUUGGUUUAAGUGCCUCCAGGCACAAGAGCAGCGCUCUCCAGGGAGAGCUGCUGUUCAACAGAGAGAGAUGCCUUGCCUUGUACUGAGAUGUUGAGAGGGCAGCACAGGAAUGCAGCACAAUCCAAAGUCAUGUUAGGGGGUAAAAUAAGUCUUCAAGAUAUCAGGAGAGUCCAUACAAAGAAGGUUUUGAUGUCUGCUUGAAGCCAGAAAAGAUAAACGUGUUGUGAAGAUCUGAGAUAAGACUCGGCCAACCUGUCAAGUAGCUUUGGUUUGAAAAUGUCAGAGUAAAUCAUCAGUUUAAACUUGCAGCAGGGUGGGGACAAGAUUACAUAAUGUGAGAGAAAAACACAUCAUGCUUCAUGAGAAACUUUUAGCCUAGUGUUGAAGGGGGAGGGGAGGCCUUUGUUAUCGAACCCGGGUGGAAAUAAUUAAAGAAAAAAACUUUUUUUUUUUUUUUUAAUACAGAAGCAAAUUUUAAGGGCAGAACUUGAACACUAGUGUAAAAAAAAAUGACAAACAUCUCAUACCAUGACCCUAAAUUCUCUGUACUAAAAGAACACUGUCGAUAAAUUAUAUCUUUAUCUUAUAUUCAUAUCCAGGGAGCUCCAGACAUAAAUUUUCAUGAGAAAGUUCAAGCCUUGACAGCUCCCCUCCCGUUAUAAAAUACCAAGACUCAGAAAAAAGUCAAAAACUAAACUGUCUCGCAAAAUCAGGCCAACUAGGGAGAGCAAAACUGUAGUUCAUCAAGUGUCCACUAGAGGCAGUUUCCAAAAGUCCCAAUAGCCCCCAUGCCGAACUGCCCAUUUUUACGACUGAAAUAAACAGGAUUUCCAGCUGGCGCAAAAACAAAGUAGCUCUUUUCUUUGCUUGUACAGAGUGUGAAAGGCUGAUUUCCACAGGGGGAUCCUUUUACAAGAGUCGAUGCAUAUCUCCCAUGGCUUGAUCAAGUUCAUCUUCAUCUUAUCCUUUUUUUAGACAACAUUUGUUUUGAUGUUAUAAGGCUAAGAGCUAUAGAAGAUUUGCUCAAAUGGCAUAGUGGAAUUUAAUGAGACCACACAUUAUUUAUUUCUAACUUGAUAUAAAAGAAAAGAAAAUUCUUAUCAAGUAUAUGUUCUUUACAGUUUGUUACCUGAUACUUGAUCAAUUGUAAAUAUUUUCUGAAAUGUUGUAUAUGUAGAGGAUGCUUUGAACAUAAUCUUAUGCUUUAGGAAUCACGCAAUGUUAAUCACAUGAAACUAGAAAUUUUAAAGUGGAAUCGGGUGGAAAAAACAUUGAGCCAAGAUUGAUCAGAAUAAUCCACCUCCCUCACCUUUUUCCUCAUCGUUUAAGUUCAUGUCCUCCAUCUCUCUUUUUCCUGCAGACAUACUCCGGUCUCUUCUGUGUCGUCAUUAAUCCCUACAAGAACCUGCCCAUCUACUCAGAGGAGAUUGUUGACAUGUACAAGGGCAAGAAGAGACAUGAAAUGCCACCACAUAUAUACGCCAUCACUGACACGUCCUACAGAAGCAUGAUGCAGGGUAAGUCAUCGUUCCUGCUGCACAGCUGCUCUGAGAGCUCCAGGAGAAAUUUGGAGGGAAACAGUGAUGUGGGACUUAUUUUUCUUACAGUCGAACUUUUCAAGAAUAAGUUUUGCUUCCCAGAGCCAGAUUAAUGAGUCCUAGCCGGGCCAAGUUUAAGAGAUACGACUGUUAAAGUGAUCGUUCUUUUAUCAGUGCUCUCUCUGGAAUUUUUAUUGAGUAACAUAAAGAGUAGCUUUAUGUUGUGGAGGACCAAUCGCUGCACAACAUGGAUUUAGUGUCAGCCAAUUAUGUCAUGUGAUUUACUAGCCUCACUACUCCUAGAAAACACCUCAUUGCCUCAGCUAUGACUAAGAUAGGCUGCAUCAUAAAGUCAGAUACGUGCUCACAUUCUUCACAGGUCCUCACCUUUACCACAUUUGCUUUGUUUUGUAACUUAAACCAACAGUUAAACAAUAGCUGAACAUGACUAGUACUCAUUGGGUAUUUCCUGCAGAGCUAUUGUGUUUCCAUGUCCUGUUUGUACCCUGUUAGCUUGGCACAGCAGCUUCUUUCAAGGUCUGUUUUCCUGAUGUGCUCCCCUCUGUCCUGUUGGUACUCUUUGUGGCGCCAUGUUUGGCUGCGGCUAAGUGCUCGGACCACAUUACUGUAGGCGGAGGGUAAUUAUGCUGUUUAAUCAGAGUCCAAACAGCACCUCCUUCCAGUCACAGGAAGCUCAAUAUUGGUUUCCUGUCUGUGGCUAAUGCACGUCCUGUUGCACAGAUGAUGACUGAAUGCACCGUGGUGAUAACAUACUCACUAUGAAUGUGCAGCUGUGUUGUUCUGUAAAGGCCGCAUAAUCAUCGACGAUUUCCUUUUUUUAUUGCAGAUCGGGAAGACCAGUCCAUCCUCUGCACGUAAGUUUGAAUUCAACAACACAUCAGGCCUCAUUCAACAACCAUUCAAGGUCACAAAUUUAGUCUCCAAUCGUUAUCCAAGUGAGAAAAGAAACAACAAAUUCAAAUGUUCGUUAAAUGUUAAAUCUCUCUGUCAACGGUGCAUCUGUAUAUCACUUUAGGUAUAUAAUUAAAGGGCUCCAAAUUAACUUGUGUAGAUGGUAGCACAGGUGUUCCCAACUUUAAAAAGCUAGGAACAAAGAUUAAGGAGAACCAUGGCUACGUUUUACAUCCUGACAUUUCUUGAAUCCAACAACAACUAGCUUGUUAAAACCCGAUAUGUAACAUUGACCCGAGAUGUUAUAAAAAAAUAAAUAAAUGGAUAAAAAAAAGGAAUAAAGCCGAAAAUGUAAUGAUUGUUCAAUCAUGUCACAAAAUGGUUGAGUCUUUCAGCUACUCUCUGAAAACUAUGAGCCUUUUUUUGCUACUAGUGCAUCUCCAUUCACCACAGUUGAAGAGUCACAUUUUCAGCCUACAUAAGAAGUCCUUAAGCUAUUUAUUCGUUUCUUCUGUUGUCACACUAGUUAGCUCUUUCACUGCGCUUUUUCAACCACAAGACAGAAAGUAGUUGAGGGCCAAUAUUAACCAAUCCAAAACCAGCAUUGAUAGUUGAGUUGUCAAGCUGAUGUUCGAUUUGUAAUGUCGUGGAUGUCGUGUUGUGGAUUGAACCACACGGUGGUUGAUGAGUUGAAAAGGGAGAAACGUCUUUCUAACUGACCAUAACACUAAAACCACACGAUACUGUAUUAUUAAACUUCAGCAGAGAAACAGGGGAAAACAAGAUGCUCCACAACAAUGAUGUACACUCACACAAAUGCCCCUAUAAGUAGAUUUUAUGGUAGCACAGAUUAAAUGUUGGGACCUUAUUCAACAAAAACUAACAGACUUCACACUUCAAGUUAAAAAAUGUCCAUUGUUUUACAGCUGCACCUUCAAGUUUCAUCAAAUCAUGUAAACCCUUUCUGUUCGACCAUUUUUGGGCUUUUACUGCUGUAAUGUAGAGAUUCGAAGUUGAUGAAUAAUAAACCAGGAGUGGAGUGUGAUAAAUGACAUACAGGAAAGAGCCACAGGUUGGAUUCAAUACAGGCUGCUAGCUGAUCCAGAGUGAGCACUCAGCACUAGAGUCUCAUGCUCUUUUAUAGUCAUCGGAGGGGCAUUUUUUCAGUUCUAAUAAAGAACAACUGGUUCAAACUUGAGACUUACAAGGACAUGGUGUUCAUUUGUUUAUAAAAAACAGAUGAAAACCAUGUUUUUGUUUCAGAACAGAAUCAUUAAUCUGUCUUAGAUCUCUCUCAGAAAGUGUUGGGAAUGUGAGGAAAAUAUCGGAGACUGAUGAGACCUAAGAGUUUCAUUAUUUUUAUCAGUAUAUAUCAUUUCUUCACAAUGCUUCAUUAUGUCGUAUGGGAAAGCUUUCUAUGAACUCUGCUCUUUUUAUCUCCGUCUGUCUCACAGCGGUGAAUCAGGUGCUGGUAAGACGGAAAACACCAAAAAAGUCAUCCAGUAUCUGGCUCAUGUGGCCUCCUCUCACAAGACCAAGAAAGACCAGGUGAGUCCAGACCUCCUGUCCACAUAGUUCAUCUUUUCAACCUUCCUCCUCUUCCUCUCUUCCUUCAUCCUUCACUUUACUACUCCAUCAUUAACCUCACUCUCUGCUGUUCCUUUUUUAGUGUGAGUCAUUCUGGGCUCUUAUUUUACAGGUUCAACAUUACUUUUUACUUUAUACACUCAUGUUUAUUGUGAUGUUUGUGUAUGUGCACUUAGGAUACAAACAGCUGAAUUUUUUUCACAGUAAAAAAAUCCUCUUUGGUGCAGCCAAAGGAAAAAGGGAUGGAAAUAUCAAAAGUAGUCCUGCAGGCCGAUGAAAACAGAAGUGCAGGUUGAAAGACUCGGGCAAUCUGACGCUUACAAAGACCAGAGGCCUGACUUUAUCCUUGCAGUAUUUAUUUGUUCAGUUUUUUCUGCAUCAACUCAUGAAAUAAAACCCACAUUAAGUCAUGACCUCACUCUCUGCUGGAGAACCUGCACUUCUGUUUUCUGCCCUGCCAGCCGAGUGAUAGAUGUUUGAUUUGCACCACAUCUAUCAUCACUUGUUGAGGUUGUUGUAUUUCUCUUUUCCCAUCAACAGAACAGCUCGAUCCUGUCACAUGUGAGUUAACCCACUCCCUCCAUUCGCUCCUCUACCCCCCCAUCUGCUACCGCCCUCACUUUCAUCGCCCUCCCACCUCGCCCUCACCUCUCUUCCCUUUUCCUUUUUCUCCCCCCGCUGGAGCUCUUUGUCGUUGUGGGAGUCACUUCGUAUCGAGGGCAGAGGGGAUGUGUCUUGUCAGCCAAUAAAGAGUCAGGAGGAAGUUUGUUUGCAGAUCAGUGGCAGCCUUAUGUGUUCCUGUGAAAAAUUCAGCCAGACAAUCGGAGGAUAAGGGAGGGAGAGAGGGGGGGAUCUUUGCUCCAAAAAAACACAGCAGCUUUCAUGCUUUUACGCACUCGUCUGGUUGAAUUUUUCAUCACUUGUAUCGUUGCUCCAAACUUGAACUUUUGCUUUUAUCCUUUUUGCAUAAAGAUUUUUUUGCAGUUUGUUUAUGCAUCUUCAAAAUUGACAUUACAGAAACAUAGUAUCUUACUGCUUAACUGUUUGUCCUUAAUACACAGAGACAGAAGUCAAAUCUUUAAAACCAGCGGGACAGAAAUGCAGGAAUUAGCUGUUUGGUCUGAAUUAUCAUGAAAUCACUCCAACUCUUUGUUUGUUAGUUAACAUUUUGGAUCGAUUUAGAUGCCAUGUGUUCAGACCAAUGCAGUGCCUGUUAUUUUAGUACUGAGAGGUUCCAAAGUUUUUAAAUAAACUUCAUCUAUUUCAUGAGACAGAUUAAUAGGAGAGGAAUUAAUCCAUCAAGCAAGCUAAAACCUGCACCAUGGUAAAUUGCACAAUCACAUUAAUAAUGUUGUGGUUCUGAAAAAUUGCCAGUGUGCAGUUUAGACAGAGUACAGGCUUGACAAUUAAAGUCGCUGUGAGGAAUUUUUCACAGAUUUUUAGAUAAUGUUCUCCUGACUUUCCCACACUUAGUUUAUAUUACAGAUUUUAUGGGAGAAUCUGCUGAUGGCCAACUCGUUAAUGUGUGACUGGUCAUGGUCUACACACCCCAGUUCAUAAGAAUUCCCUAACAGUAAUCUUGAAGAUCAGCUUUGAUAACGCGCUUUGCUUUCUCCAGGUUAGUGGAGCCAGAUAAGCAGACUCAGGAUAGGUUUACUGUCUUCGUGGCACAUGCCCUUCGUAUUUCCUGUAGAAAAAAGGGAGAUGUUUAUUGGCACUGAUCCUCAAGUGUCAGUGUCUAAAGCUCUACUGAUAAAGUUUGGCAGUGAGUUAGCGAGCAGGAAGAGCUAUUAAGCUGAGAUAAGUUUCUUUAUAUGUAUUACUUUGUGCUCAUGGCUGAUAAUAAAGCAGAGUUAGCUAGAUGUCUCGCUCUCUAGUCCUCAUAGAACAGUGAAGUAUUUACAGGUCAGUAUAAUUGUACAGCCCUGGUUUACAUAUAGAAACCCAUGGUUUGUAUAAAUCUGUCUUCUUUGGGCUUUGGUUUCACUGGACGUUUCUGCUUGGGGGUUACAGGUGAUGGGUUACUGACGAGGGUCUCUGGUGUACGCAGGUUUGGGCACUAACACAAUAUCACGUGUGGGGAAAAUGUUUGGUGUGCAAUGUGUGUUUUUUUGUGUAUUGCUGGUUUGUUUGUUUAUCGUGUCCCAUCUUUAAUCGCCUUCUGUUUAAAUGAUUUGUACACUCCACGUUCUUCCCUCCCCUCAGAUGUAAGUACGUCAUGGGUAAACAAACGCAUACCGCUCUGUCAGCAUGUUUUCUGAAACAAAGCAAAGUGUCUUUUUAGAGAAUGAAUACCAGAUUAUAAAUGUGACGUUCUCACGAAACACCACAGUGAGCACCACAUUUGAAUGAUUUAAGGUUUCCCAGAUCUGAAUCCAGAGCUGAAAAUUAUCCAGAUUUUAAAGAGGUUCUGGUGAUCAAAUGGAGAGGGUACUUUGUAAGCUGCCUUGCUGUUUUUUUUCUGAUUAUUUCUAACAGGGGGAGCUGGAGAAGCAGCUGCUGCAGGCUAACCCCAUCCUGGAGGCUUUUGGAAACGCAAAGACUGUCAAAAACGACAACUCCUCUAGAUUUGUAAGAAGAAGUGCUUAAUCUACUGACCCACACUCCUUAUUCACCUUCCCAUCUCCAAGCGGUCUGUUCAACAUUUUUAAAUGUUUUUUUCUUCUCCUUGUAGGGAAAAUUCAUCAGGAUCAACUUUGACGUCAACGGUUACAUCGUUGGUGCCAAUAUUGAGACUUGUAUCCUUGAGACUUAAAUGACUUCUUUAUUGAUCUGAAGAGAUAAAAGGUUGUUGUUGGCCUUGUUUUAGGUCUCUUUACUUAGAAAGUUUUUAGUCAUUUAUACACGGAGCAGAGUUACAAUCCUCAGCAGAGAUGCAGCCAUGGUUGCAGAAAAGAGUGAAUGGUGACUAAAAACAAAGGAGAUCAAAUGCUGGUUUUCUCCUGGUUUAUUUGGCCGUUGCUAUUUAAGUUACAUGAUUCUCUUCUCAGGUGAAAGUUGGUGUCAGUGUUUACAAUUAAAGUAAAUUGCCUUGGUGAGCUUGCAAACUUUUGCUCUUUCCUCUUCAAGUGUGGUGUCAGUAACAAUGCCAACAGUCCCACCUGCAUGAAAGUAAUUUAACUCAUUACUAGGUUGUUUCGAGUCUGAGAUAAUUAACAAAAGCAUGGAUUUAGGGUUAAAAGAGCGACUGUAAAAAUUGUAACUCAAAAUAAUGCUGCUGCCUCUAGCUUGGCUAAAGCUCAGUCAAUUUUGAUGAUGAACAAACUGAUGACCAAACACAAAGGUUUAUAAAAUCUUUUUUCUCCAGCCUCAGGCACAAACAUGAGUUGAGGGGUGGUAUCUGUGCGACCCCUUUUCGUUUUGAAUUACUGCCUCAUGAUAAAAAUGCAAAAAGCACAAAAAGAUGUUGUGAUAUAAAAUUUAGCAAAGCUCUCCUGCCUUUAGUCCAUGAUACAGAGAGAUGCAGUCAAUGAAAAUAUAAAUGAACAUUUCCUUGACACACUGACCUCCAGAUUUGCUGGAAAAAUCUCGUGCCAUCCGACAGGCCAAAGACGAGAGGACCUUUCAUGUCUUUUACUACCUGCUGACAGGAGCUGGAGACAAACUACGCAGUAAGAAUGAAACUGCCUAUAUCUCUGUUUGAUCAUGUAAAAAUCCUUACUGUGUCUCCAGUCUCACUCUAGAACUUUUUAUUCCACAGAUGAACUCCUCCUCGAGAAUUACAACAACUACCGAUUCCUUUCCAAUGGGAACGUGACAAUCCCUGGGCAGCAGGACAAGGACAUGUUUGUGGAGACCAUGGAGGCCAUGAAGAUCAUGAGCAUCCCAGAGGAUGAGCAGAUCGGUAUGCCAGACAGAAAAAAACACUUGUACUAUACUUUUCAUGUGGGCCUGUGUUAUUCUUUGCGUGACCCUCAUUCUAAGAUUUGUUAUCCCAGUUUUGAAACCAUAAAAUGUGAGUUAGUUGAAUCAAUACAGAGAGGUAACUUAUCCAAAUAAAGACUUAGGAGUAGAGGGCUGUAAAUGAUGAUCUUAAAAAGUGUAGAAAAGGCAAAAACUGGUACAUAGUAAUUCACUAGAAUGCUGGCGAUUACGUCCAUGAUACUCAAUUGCCAAUUUAAUUGACAACUGCUAUUUAAUGUUUAACCAGCACAAAGUGGCUUCAGUUUAAUCUUCCUUCAUGAUAUCAGCUUUUUACUGCUGUUGAGGAACCUUUGUCACCACGGAUGCAGGAGUACUUUCACUUCUGAGGGUUGAAAUUGAACCUAGCUGACCUUUCGAAAACUGUACCAUCUGUAUAGAAGCUGCAGGAUUUAACCAUUGAGCUAAACCGGCUCCCAGCUAUAAAUUAAGUGUUCAAUCUGUGUAUCUCCCUGCUUUUGAUUUUCUUUUUCACUCACAUUCCUGCUUUUGAUUGGGAACACUGAAUCAUGUUAAUGCUUCUGUUUGCUCUUUUGUGAAUCAGGCAUGCUGAAGGUGGUGUCCUCUGUGCUGCAACUGGGUAACAUGACCUUCAAGAAGGAGCGUCACACAGACCAGGCCUCCAUCCCCGACAACACCAGUAAGCAAAACUUCAGGGAAAUUUAAUUGUCUGUCGUCUCAAAAGUCAUCUACUAUUUUUGAAAGAGUUGAAAAGUCUGAUGGCUGUGGAUACAAACUAAUGUUAGUGUAUCAUAGCAGACUUCAUUCACAUUCACAGUAUCUGGUUUAUAAAUCACCAAUCAUGUUUACAGCUCCACUUGCAAAAAACAACCUGUUAGAAAAUCCAUGCUUCAAUAAGAACACUCAGUGGGAUGCUUGAUUGACAGCCAUAUCACAUUGUAAACACAACCAAACACUUGAUGAAGUCAGUGACAGAUUUAAAAGCUUUCUUUCGAUCACUUUGAACCUGCCGACAUAAGUACAGACAUUACCUAAACUUUAAAGAGCGAGUGUAACGGCCAUGGGUGGGCCCCCCCAGGACAAAUACCUUUUACAUGUCUUCAGAUUAAAGAGAACUGACUGACUAAUGACUGCAGGGAUAUGUAAAAUCUUUAAAUAUUGAGUGUCAUCAUCCUUAUUUUCCCCCAAACUUUCUCUCCAUGGCACUAGUAUUUGUACAUUUCUUAGUAAACUUGUAAAUAGAACAUGAUAUGGUUUGCUAUAAAGGAUGAUCAUGAUCCUGCAGUUAUAUUUUAUUAACUGUAUCAUAUUACUCCACUUCUCCCCUUCCUUCUGCAACAGCCGCCCAGAAAGUGUCUCACCUCAUGGGCAUGAACGUCACAGACUUCACCAGGGCCAUCCUGUCGCCCAGGAUCAAAGUGGGCCGAGACUACGUGCAGAAGGCCCAGACCCAGGAGCAGGCUGAGUUUGCUGUGGAGGCCCUGGCCAAAGCCACAUAUGAGAGGAUGUUCCGCUGGCUCGUCAUGAGGAUCAACAAAGCGCUCGACAAGACCAAGAGGCAGGGGGCGUCCUUCAUCGGCAUCCUGGAUAUCGCUGGCUUUGAGAUCUUUGAGGUGAGGAGCUGAAGUGAUUUUAUGAUUUAACAUUUUGGAAUAGAGUAUGUUUGACUCUUUCGUACAGUUAGUCUUAAAGUGACACCUCAUUUUUCUUUGAAUAUUUUGCUACAACUGUUUGUUGAUUUAUUUUCCUCCCGUGUUCUCCAGCUGAACUCCUUCGAGCAGCUCUGCAUCAACUACACCAACGAGAAGCUGCAGCAGCUCUUCAACCACACCAUGUUCAUCCUGGAGCAGGAGGAGUACCAGAGGGAGGGCAUCGAGUGGAGCUUCAUCGACUUCGGCCUGGACCUGCAGCCCUGCAUUGACCUCAUCGAGAAACCUGUAAGUCUGAAAGCCUCAUUUGUGUCUGGCAUAAUGAGUUUCUUAUGGUGAAAUCAAAAACCUCUAACAUGUUCUAACCUCUCCAAGUUUCUUUCUUUUGAUGAAGGGAUGUGUCUUUUUUUAAUGUUCAGUUUUUAAUAUAUUAACUGGGAAAAAGUCAUAAUGAAACUUUUAUUUUUUUUCCAUUGUGAUUUCUUUAAAUGAUGAAGAGUUCCAGUCUUUUUUUGUAGUUCUCUAAAUGCAAAACCAAAAGCAAGAUUCAGGCUGUUGUAAAGAGAUGACGUGCAAAAUCUUCCUUGGAGAGGCUCCUUUGAAAUGGGAUGAUAUAGUGAAUUCUGGGGGGAUUUCAAGUCACCUAACUUUUAAAGUCAAAGCACAUCUGUCCCCUUUAGCACUCAGCGUCAAAGCUACUAUAUCAGGGACCAGUCAGGCUAGUGACAGGCAACAACUAUUAAUGCCUGGAGCUUGUGUAAGUUUCCAAACACAGCUGGUUAAGGGAGAGGUAUAAAUGCCCUACAGCCACUCCAGCGCAGUUUCUUGUAUCCCCUGAAGCUUCUGAAUGCAGCAUGAGAGUUAGCUUUAAUAAAUCAACUCGCAAACAAUUCAGGAAAAAAGAGACAAAGCCAGUAUUACCACAAAUGGUACUGCUGGCUAUCUUAAAUCAUCGCAAGGCACAUAGUUCUUUGAUGACAGCCCUGGAACAAGAUACUGCUUUUUCUAAUUGUUUGAGAAUGUGCUGUUGUUACACUUGCAGGUGUCUGCAGAAGACUAGGGUUAAGUGAUAGGAUCCAUGGCAUAAAACAGUCAUGUUAUACCAAAAAUAACAUUCUAGGCUGGGGAUAAACCUGCUGUGUAACCUUUAUGUUCUUGUAUACAACUGGCUGCAGCACCGAAACAGAUCCAUCAUUUUAUUAGUCAUUCCAAGUGUCAGUUUUGGUGAUGUUGGAAGCCAAACUGAACCAAAUAAGAACAGAAAAAUGCUUGAACACUGAGCUUACAUGCAGCGAGUUUAGAAUAAACUGAAUUUCUUGCUGCUUCACUUUUCAGGGUUCCAUUUUCUCCUGUUGUGUUUGAAUUGCAGAAAUGUUUUCACACAUGUAGUUGUAUUAAGUCAUAAACACCCCCCAUCACAAAAAACUCCUCUGAUUCCUUUAGUACUGGAGACUUUGCCUUUUCCUAGCUAAAAUAUUUCCAUCCGUCUACAUACAGGCCAACUCCCCUGGAAUCCUGGCUCUGCUGGAUGAGGAGUGCUGGUUCCCUAAAGCCACAGACAAGACCUUUGUGGAUAAGGUGCGCCAGGAGCAGGGAACUCACCCCAAGUUCCUCAUACCCAAGAAACUGAAGGACGAAGCCGACUUUUGCAUCAUCCACUAUGCUGGCAAGGUAAACAUGCAGUGUACUUAAUGCAUUCUCAUUUCUAUAUUUUAAUUUUGUCAGAUAUUUCAGUCUUUGUUCUCUCCUCUGUGACACAUUUGUAGAGACUAAGAAAGUGAUGAUUUCUGCCUGAUUCUCCUCUUCAGGUUGACUACAAGGCUGACGAGUGGCUGAUGAAGAACAUGGACCCCCUGAAUGACAAUGUGGCCACCCUUCUCAACCAAUCUACUGACAAGUUUGUGUCUGAGCUCUGGAAAGACGGUGAGUUUUAGAGACGUGAACUUGUUUUAGUCACGGAGGAAUCACUGCUUCCCUAUGGGGGCCAAUGAAUCAAUUUCAUGCUGGCUCUCUGUUCCUGGUUUGUGUUUCAUAUUGUCUUCUUUCUCUUUGUAUUGUCUGGUGUGUGAACCUUUGUAUUUACCUUCUUACUCGCCUUCUUGUUGUUUCCAUCCAUUUUUCACCUCUGUACGGUCCCAUUUUUGUCUGUCAUGAUUUUCUUUUUGCGGGGUCUCAGAUGUGCAGAAAUGUCAGAAAGCCUAUUUUUAUCGACGUUUUCCUUUUCUACACUCAGGCUCAGGUGACCAGGUUUCUUUUUCUUUUGUUUCCCCUCCUGAUAUUUGUUAAAACAAAGAUUUGUCCCGCAGCCAUUUUUCCUGAAUGUUCAGAUUUAGUUCAGGCUCAAAACCCCAUUUUUUUUUCUUCAUUUUUGAGUGUGUGACGUUAAAAGAAAAACCUUCUGGUGAUCUUGCCUCCUGAUGCUCUGUCAUUGAACUCUCCUUUUCUCCCUCUGUGUAAUAGCGUUGUUUGGGGACCCCUGGUGUUGGUCUUGGGUACUACAGCAAUGGGUAUAUACUGCAUGGGUUUGGUUUGGUUUUUUUGUUUUUUUUUAUCACCAUUAAAAAAAAAGAAAUACAUGCCCACUGCAACCACCAAGUUUGUCACCUUCCUGACACACAUACAUGCAUAAUUCAAACCAUCACACAUAGUUUCCACUCGAAGAACCGGCAGCUUUAACAGCUGACCAGUCCUCUCCACCCACUGCACUGAGUUUUCCCGUUCUGAUGUGUGAUCUCUCCACGCUUCACUUGCUGUUUUGCCAUCCUGCCCUCGAUCCUUGUUUCCCUCCUUGUUCACUGGGUGUUUGUGUGGUGUCUCACUGGUCCUGGUUUAAUGAACUUUAGAGCAAGAGAAGUGGAGAGAUAAAGGUCAUAUUCAUUCUUCCUUAUGACAUGCACAUGUCUUGUGUUUGCCUGGUUAAAUGUUAAAACCGAAGACACAAAACACAACAGCUUCUAACACUGUCUCUUCUUUUUAUGUCUCUGUUAUCCUCCCUCUCUCUCUCUCUCGUCUCCUCUCUCAGUGGACCGCAUCGUGGGCCUGGAUAAGGUGUCCGGCAUGUCUGAUGGCGCCGGUGCCUUCAAGACUCGUAAAGGCAUGUUCCGCACUGUGGGUCAGCUGUACAAAGAGCAGCUCUCCAAACUCAUGGCCACUUUGAGGAACACAAACCCCAACUUUGUCCGAUGCAUCAUCCCCAACCACGAGAAGAAGGUACCAUUAUCGUUAGGGGUGUACUGUCUCAGGCACUUUACGAUUUGAUCACAACUCAGGGUGCUGUGAUUCAGUUGUUAUAUGAUUAUAACGUUUAUCACAAUUAUCGAUGCAUCUUAUUUUCCCCGUAUACGGGGAAUUUUUUGAACAAGGUAUAUCUGUCAACAUCCAUUAAACAAAGUAAACAAAUUUACCUCUAUUAUGUUUUAUUUUUAUCAGACCAAGCAAUCCAACACUUUUGUUCACAACAAAAAGCUGCUCUUAUUACAUCAAGUGCUGUAACUAUUACAGGGUUCCUACGCAAGUAUGGAAAGUAUGGAAAUAAAUUUGAUCAAUUUCCAGGUUUUAAAAAGUAUGGAAAAUGAAAAAAUAAAGUAUGGAAAAAUAUUUAUGUUUCCAGACUAUAACCACAGUUCUAAAAUACUGUUUUCUAAAAUAGAAAAGUAGGUAUUUCAGCUUUAAUCUGAUCUAACAUAAAGUGAUAAUAAUAACUUAACCUCAGUAGUAAUAAAGACUUUUAAACAAAGUAUUCAGUGAGCAGCAUAGCAUCCCACAACAAUCAAACAUUUUUGCUUUUCACAACCAAAAGCAGCUUUAAAUCUGAAUAAGUGAUGGAUGAACAGAAUAAAUAAAAUCCUCCACAGGCUGGAUUUCAAACCCAAAAAAUAGAGAGUUAGAGAGUUGGCUGCCUCUGCGUUGUUCAACAGUGUGUUAUAAGUCUGUCCCUUAAAAGUGUCCGGGCAGAUUUGUAAGUCUGUCCCUCUCAACUGCAAAUAUUCUCCCCUCCCAGGCUGGAAAACUGGACCCUCACCUGGUUCUGGACCAGUUGAGAUGUAAUGGUGUGCUGGAGGGGAUCCGUAUCUGCAGACAGGGCUUCCCUAACCGCAUCGUCUUCCAGGAGUUCAGACAGAGGUAACACAAGAUCAGCACUCUUAUCUAAUAUCUUCCAGCACUCUUGUCUUUUUCCCUGUGGUGCUUAAGAAAAUCUCAAAUUCAUCAUCCGCUCCUCGGCCAGGUAUGAAAUCCUCACUCCCAACGCCAUCCCCAAGGGUUUCAUGGAUGGAAAGCAGGCCUGCGUGCGCAUGGUGAGGCACCCACUGAGUUGGAGCUGAGCUCCUCAACAGCUGGUCCCUCUGCAGUUUGUCUGAUUGAUCAAUCUGUUUCCUGUCCUGUCAGAUCCAAAGCCUGGAGCUGGAUCCCAACCUGUACAGGAUCGGCCAGAGUAAAGUGUUCUUCAGGGCGGGAGUUCUCGCUCACCUGGAGGAGGAGAGAGACAUGAAGAUCACAGACAUCAUCAUCAGUUUCCAGGCCUGGUGCAGAGGCUACGUCGCCCGCAAGUAAGUGAAGAUCGUCACCAUGACCGAACUGUUGUUGGAUUCUGUCCAGAAGGUGCAGAAAAAAAAAAAUUCAGAGUAAAAAAAAUUGAGCAAACUCCAUCCAUUCAUUUCACACAGCCUUUACUUUGGUAAAAGUUUAAUGCUUUGUUUCAUGGAGACUUGUUUCCUGAGUGUUUGUGUCUAAUAUCACUUUGUAGGGCUUUCGCUAAGAGACAGCAGCAACUGACUGCGAUGAAGGUGAUCCAGAGGAACUGCGCUGCUUACCUGAAACUCCGAAACUGGCAGUGGUGGAGACUCUUCACUAAGGUAACCCUUGGUCUCCUCAACACUUUAUUAUCACUUUUCACUUUUUUCACUUUCCUAACUUCUCCUCCUACCACCAUUCCGUCUUUAGGUGAAGCCUCUUCUGCAAGUCAGCAGGCAGGAGGAGGAGAUGAUCGCCAAGGAUGAAGAGCUGACGAAGGUCAAGGAGAAGCAUUUGUACGCUGAGCAGCAGCUGAGGGAGAUGGAAGAGAAACAGCAGCAGGUAAACUUUUCAUCUCAUUUCAUUUUUUCAUUCAAACAUGGAAAACAGACUGAUCGGAGAACAAAGCACACUGGUGGAAAGGCUACACAAGUACUGGAUGUUUUGCUGAUAUUUUCAGUGUCACUUUAGCCGACACUGAUAUAAAUACUGAUCUAUGCAUGGAUUGUUUUGUUUCUUCAGAUCUCAUCAGAAAUUGUCACGCCUGCCAAUACUUUUAGAUUUAAACUUUGGGGCAGUUUCUCCCGAGCAGAUUAAAAAACAAUCUCCUUGCUCUGCUUGCAGCUGGGUGCUGAGAAGAUGGCCCUGCAGGAGCAGCUCCAGGCAGAAACCGAACUCUGCGCCGAGGCCGAGGAGAUGAGAGCUCGCCUGGCCGCCAAGAAGCAGGAGCUCGAGGAGAUUCUCCACGACCUGGAGGCUCGUGUGGAGGAGGAGGAGGAGCGCGCCUCUCAUCUGUCCACGGAGAAAAAGAAGAUGCAGCAAAAUAUUUCAGUAAGUCUGAAGAACUCGCCUUUUUAAAACGCGUAGAAACAUUUGAUAAGAGAAACGCGCUGAAUGAUUCACAUCUUUCAACUCUGAACAGGAUCUGGAGCAGCAGCUGGAUGAGGAGGAGGCAGCCAGACAGAAGCUCCAACUGGAGAAGGUCACCAUGGAGGCCAAGAUGAAGAAGAUAGAGGAGGAUGUUAUGGUUCUAGAUGACCAGAACAACAAACUAAACAAGGUAUGGUUGAUAAUGAAUGAAGACGCAUGUUACUAGUGACUCUUCUGACGGGUGAGUGAUUUCUGAAGGUCUUAAUAUUUCCUGUUGAUGCUCACAGGAGAAGAAGUUGCUGGAGGAGAGGAUCUCUGAGUUCACCACCAACCUGGCUGAGGAAGAGGAGAAAUCCAAGAGCCUGCAGAAACUCAAGACCAAAUAUGAGGCCAUGAUCACAGACCUGGAAGGUAAGGAAGAGACCAUGAUAGGACCUCAAAGAGGGCAACCAGUUACCCCAGAAUCUAGCUAGAAACUUCUUCUUUUUCAUCUAAUCAUAAUAUCUUUUCGGUGACCAUUAGACCGCCUGCGCAGGGAGGAGAAAGGACGCCAGGAGCUGGAGAAGAACCGCCGCAAGCUGGAGGGGGACUUCACUGAAGUUCACGACCAGAUUUCUGAACUGCAGGCACAGAUUGCUGAACUCCGUGCUCAACUGGCCAAGAAAGAGGAAGAGCUCCAUGCAGCUCUAGCCAGGUCUGUAUAGACAUCUACUUUAUUUUUGCCUGGAGUCAUUGUUCGGCUGAUUUGCCAUUUUUCUCACUUUAACUGACCUGCGUCUCUCCUAAGGAUGGAGGAGGAGGCAGCCCAGAAGAACCUGGCCCAGAAGAAGAUCCGCGAGUUGGAGGCUCAGAUCUCUGAACUGCAGGAGGACUUGGAGCUGGAGAGAGCAUCCCGUGUAAAGGCAGAGAAACACCGCAGAGACCUGGGAGAAGAGCUGGAGGCCCUCAAGACUGAGCUGGAAGACACUCUGGACUCCACAGCCGCUCAGCAGGAGCUCAGGUAAAGAUUCCGCUCUUGGGGUAGUUAGAUUUGUGCAACCUCUGGUCAUUAUAUGACACGGCAUGACAGAUUAACCCCUGCUAUCCCUGCUCAGGACUAAACGAGAGACCGAGGUGGCACAUCUUAAAAAAACUCUGGACGAUGAGGCCAAAGUCCACGAGCAGCAGCUGUCGGAGAUCAGACACAAACACGGCCAGGCCUUCGAUGAGCUCAAUGAGCAGCUGGAGCAAGCGAAGAGGGUACAUCCUUUCAGCUUGUCUUUUCUUUCCUAAUGUACACGUAAUUUCCGACAGCAAAGAUCUUGACAACAUUUACCUUCCUGCAGAACAAAGUGUCCAUGGAGAAGGCCAAGCAGGCUCUGGAGUCAGAGAGGAACGAGCUGGCCAUCGAGCUGCAGACGCUGAGUCAGGGGAAAACCGACUCUGAGCACCGCAGGAAGAAAGCCGAAGCCCAGGUCCAGGAGCUGCAGCUCAAACACACAGAGAGCGAGCGUCAGAGGCAGGAGCUGGCAGAGAAACUCGCAAAAACACAGGUACGACUUCAGAAACCGAGUAAUGGGGUGGUUGACUUUCAGAUCUUUGUUUCAAUCAAACACUAAAUACAUGAUGUUUUGUUAUCGUGUUUCUGCAGACUGAGCUGGAAAAUGUAAGCGCCGUUCUGUGUGAUGUGGAAGGCAAAUCCAUCAAGGCGACCAAGGACUGCUCUGCUGUGGAGUCCCAGCUGCAGGAUGUUCAGGUACACAGACCAUACCUUCUCCUCUUCGCAGUUUUGAGCACAGCAGUUCACGCUAAAAACAUUCACUUCAAGUUUUCUGUUCUAAAAGAGGAGGAAAAUUACCUCAAAUAUUAUGUUUAAGAAAACUGCUUCGUUGACCGGUCUGCUCCAUGAUAUUGCAUUUAUUUCUGUGCUGAUAACAGGAGCUACUCCAAGAAGAGACACGCCAGAAACUGUCUCAGAGCACGCGUGUGCGCCAGCUGGAGGAGGAUCACAACAACCUGAAAGAGCAGCUGGAGGAGGAAGAGGAGGCCAAGAGAAACGUGGAGAAGCAGCUGCAGACAGUGCAGGCUCAGGUGAGAGGAAGCCUGGUCUCAGCGUUCCUGCAAUUUAGGCGCAAAUUUGCAACAUUUUCAUCUUCCAACAUGCUCGAGAAUUUUUUAUAAAAUGGACAGCAAAAGUUUAAAGGAAAUGUUUCUUUCUGUAGCUUGCCGACAUGAGGAAGAAGGUGGAGCAGGAUGCUGGCUGCCUGGAGAGCGCUGAAGAAGGGAAGAAGAGGCUGCAGAGGGACGUGGAAGGACUUAACCAGCGCAUGGAAGAGAAAUGCGCCGCCUUUGACAAGCUGGACAAAACCAAGACCCGUCUGCAGCAGGAGCUGGACGACAUGGUGUUGGACCAGGAGCACCUGCGACAGAUUGUCACCAACCUGGAGAAGAAGCAGAAGAAGUUUGACCAGGUUAGAGAUCUUAUGUCGCAUAUUGUGUAAUAGAGGUUGUUUUAUUUUCACGUGUUGGAGUCUAAUCUUUAAUUUCAACACCAUCAUCCUGAAUUUGUUUAGAUGCUGGCCGAGGAGAAGAACAUUUCCGCCCGCUAUGCAGAGGAGCGUGACCGAGCCGAGGCUGAGGCCAGAGAGAAGGAAACCCGAGCGCUGGCUCUGACCCGUGAGCUCGACUCUCUGAUGGACAUCAAGGAUGAACUGGACCGCAACAACAAACUCCUGCGGGCUGAAAUGGAGGACCUCGUGUCUUCUAAGGACGACGUUGGCAAGAGUGUAAGUCUGUUGAAAGCUUGUCUGUGUGCUUUUUUCAGGAAACAUCCUCGUCUUCAUCAUCCCCCGUUAUGUCCCUCUUCCUGCAGGUCCACGAGCUGGAGAAGUCCAAACGUGCGAAUGAGCAGCAGCUGGAGGAGAUGAAGACCCAGCUGGAGGAGCUGGAGGACGAGCUGCAGGCCACAGAAGACGCCAAGCUGCGUCUGGAGGUCAACAUGCAGGCCAUGAAGGCUCAGUACGAGAGAGACCUGGCUGGACGGGACGAGAUGGGAGAGGAGAAGAAGAGAUCCCUGGUCAAGCAGGUACAAGCUGGACGAAGAGCUAAUACUUAUAUUGUCUUCUGUCUCAUGUGGAAAACAGUUUUAGGAGUAAAUUCAGAUGAAAAUUAAUUCAUCAAUUAGAAGCCUUUCUUGCUAUUUUAUUGAUGUUGGGGCCUGAAAACAUGGUCUGUAGGUGAAGAAAUCCCCAAAUUCUUUGAAAUUUACUCUGAAAUUGUUGAUCUGACUGCUCACACAGUCCCUCACAGAAUGGUGGACCUCUUCCUGUCUGCACUUAUAAAAAAAAAACUCGGUCUCUCUGGAGAGCUCUUGUUCUUACCCAGUCAUGUAGUUGAACUGUUGCAAAUGAACCAAAGAGGUUCCUCGAGGUAUCUCUUUAUUUAGCAUUAACCAACUUUUUCAGAGUUUUGUUGUCCCAUCUCAAAUUACCGUUUUCAAAUGACAAAAUCCCAAACUGAAUAAGGACCAUCUCAAGCUUAAACCUCUGACUUCAGCAUGCACUAUUUCUAUAUCAUAAAUUAUACAAGUAAGGCUGAAUUUGGAUACUAAAACUUGAAAAAUGUGUCGUAUAUGGACAUUAAAUCAGACAUACAGGGCUUAUAGGUGUAGUUUCUUGGUCCUGUAUCAUGCAACAUUUAAAAACGAAUGUGCCUCCUUCAGGUGAGAGAAAUGGAAAUGGAACUGGAGGAUGAGAGGAAGCAGCGCUCCGCAGCUGUGGCUGCACGCAAGAAGAUGGAGUUGGACCUGAAGGAGCUGGAGGCGGGCAUCGACAUGGCCAACAAGAACCGAGAUGAGGCCCUGAAACAGCUGAAGAAACUCCAAGUGAGUCCAACAUAUUCAGAGUUAAAUCAAAAUGCCAUCUGGAUAACAUAUUCAGAUACAGGGAUUGUGGUGCGCUUCCACUCUGACUGAGUCCUCUGAUUGUCCAGGCCCAGAUGAAGGAAUUGAUCCGGGAGCUGGAGGACACUCGCAUGUCCAGAGAGGAGAUCCUCGCUCAGAGCAAGGAGACGGAGAAGAAGCUGAAGGGCAUGGAGGCCGACAUGCUCCAGAUGCAGGAGGUUAGUUUGUUUUUUCUUUUGAGUAAUGAUUUCUGAUCUCCUUCAGCGUGGCUUGCUCCUCACUCCACUCCCAUUUAUCUUUGUGCAGGAGGCAGCAGCUGCAGAACGAGCAAAGAGACAGGCUCAGCAGGAGAGAGACGAACUGCAGGAUGAGAUUAACAGCCAGGCUGCCAAGAAGUAAGACGCCCCUCAUUUUUUCAGUAACAUGACAGCUGCGCGCAUCAUAAGGUAAUCAUCUUCAAUCUUAUUCCCUCAUUUCUUCCUUCUACCUCCUAGUGCUCAGGCUGCAGAGGAGAGGAGACGACUGGAGGGUCGCAUUGCUCAGUUGGAGGAAGAGCUGGAAGAGGAGCAGUGCAACACUGAGCUGGUCAACGACAGGCUGAAGAAAGCAAUGCUGCAGGUCAGUGAGCAGAGAGUGCCUGAUACGUUAACCUGCUGCCAGUUAAGUGUUUAAUGAUUCCUUCCGGUCUAGCAUCCUCUGAUAUCUGGUUUACCUUUAUUUUCAGACUGACCAGAUGAAUGUGGAGCUGACUGCAGAGCGCAGCACCUCCCAGCGUGUGGAAGGAGCGCGUGCUCAGCUGGAGCGUCAGAACAAAGAGCUGAAACUGAAACUGCAGGAACUGGAGGGAACCGUCAAAUCCAAGUAUAAGGCCAACAUGGCCGCCCUGGAGGCCAAGAUCGCUCAGCUGGAGGAACAAGUGGACAUUGAAACCAGGUGAGGAAAGACUGCACUUUCACUUAACAUUGUAUAAUCAGUAUACUUCUGUACAUAGAUGUAACAAAUAAUAUAACAUCGAUGUUUUCAGUCUGACCUUUUGUUGUGUUCUUAACUCAGAGAGAGACAGCAGGCCACCAAGCUGGUGAGACGCACAGAGAAGAAACUGAAGGAGGUCAUCCUGCAGGUGGAUGACGAGAGACGCAACACCGAGCAGCACAAGGACCAGGUCAGAGGUUUUCAUCAUUAUUAUCAGACUGUUUCUGUCCAAUGUUCUGCCUGUCCUUUCUGUUGUCAGUUUAGUGAGGUUUUAGUUUUUCAUUUUUUUCACACGAGAUUUUUCCAAGGCAGCCCCUCCACAGGUUUUAUUUGUAGUGCUUCGGCAAAGUCAGAAAAUUCAGGGCCUGUGUCCACUAGCUGCGUUAACAGUAGAGCAUCCAAGUGAAAUAAUAAGUGUGAACAACCUGAAUGAGUAAUUUCUGUUUUUACUGAUUAUACAAAAAAUCCUGAUUAUUUUACCUUUUGAUCAGAAGUAUUCUCAUUAACAAUAAAGUUUGGGACCCAAAAUGAUCAUUUAAUAAAACUAGAUUCAUACAAGGUAGUUUCUCAACAGUAUAUCUGAUAUCUUAUUGUUGUAGGUUAUCUAAAUGUAUCCGUUAAUGACUGCAGGUGGACAAGCUGACCUCACGUAUGAAGCAGCUGAAGCGUCAGCUAGAGGAGGCUGAGGAAGAGGCUCAGAGAGCAAACGCCAACCGAAGGAAGCUGCAGAGAGAGCUGGAGGACGCCACCGAGUCCGCAGACGCCAUGAACCGUGAAGUCAGCUCCCUUAAGAGCAAGCUCAGGUGAGAAGAUGAACCAGGAAGUCCCCAAUGACCUUUAAAGCCACCGUACCUUCCUCAUUCUUUCUCCAAGUCCACUUCCUUAUCUCAGAUCUUCCCUGACUGUGCGCUUGCUGUAAUAUUUUUUUUUUGUCUUUGUUUCAGACGUGGCGACCUUCCCUUCAUGGUGCGGCGCACUGUCCCGCGGGGGACAUCAGGCAUCGAAAGCGACGAGGAGAGCGAGACGAAGAGCGAGACCUCUGAGCCGAAACCUGAAUGAAGAGCCACAGUGCCGCUCGACCCUUUAGAAACUGCAUCACACAAACACAAACCCAAAACCACACGAGCACACACAUAACUGUACCUACUGACUGGAGAGCGACACAAAGAUAAGAAUGUUGUUCAACUAAAGACAGGGAUUUUAGUCCUGUGACAGUCUGAUCUAUACAACAUGACAAUCUAUGCAUUCUUAACACACUCUGACACACACACACAGAAGCCAGUAAACUCGGACAAUCACCAUGCUGACGACACACAAACAUGUUUAUUUUUUGGGCCAAAUUUUUUUUUUUCUUUUGCUUCAUUUUUUCAUUCUCUGGGAAAAAAAUACUGAAAGAAAAGGAUAUUUUUAUAAGGAAACAUUCCAAUUAUGAAUAGUCCUGAUUUAGGAUCUAUUUUUCUAAUUGAAGAAAGAGAAAACAAAAUGAGAAGUAUGGGUAAAUGAAGACCGAUCACAGGAAGGGGACCAAAGUAAUAUCUCGAUCUAUAGAAUUGUAUUUUAUGCAGACGUUUUUAUAAUGGUUAAAUGGAAGUGCUUCGUGUUUAUUAUGCUCACGCUCUGGCCUCAGUUUAUUAUGAAGGUUUAUAUGCUGAAAUGUAUUCUAUCCAUUUAGCUGCAGUUAGUACUCCUGACUAUGCUUUUGGGCUUAACAAUGUGAUGCGCACACAUUUCAUGCAGAAACAUAAAACCAGAGGCAGAAUUCAGGUAACAAAUUGGACUCUGAGGCAUAUUGAAGGCAUUUAUUUGAUUGUGAAUGUGCUGAAAUUUUAAAAUUUUGCACUGAGAUGAAAGAAAAAACACUUAAGCCUUGACAUAAACCACUGCCUUUUUGUGCUUCAUGGAAAAACAUUGACGAAGGAGCUCAGAGUGCCAACACACACUAAGGCCUUAAACGCGUCUGACUUCUCCCAGGAAGGGUUGUUGGCUUUUUAUCUGGACAUGCAUUGAUAUAUAUAUUUUUUAUUUUACGUUCAUCACUAUCAGUGUUUUUGUUCAUGUUUGAGGUGAAGUUUAAGUGGGGUGGUGGGGUUGUUUAUUACUCACAGCACACACUGUAUUCUCAGAGCACAGUUUGUUAUGGGGGAAAACGCAGGUGCAGAAGGUGAGAAAAAUACCUGUUUCCUGCAGCCUUUUUGCUCUGUACUCUCACUGAUAUGUUGGAUUAAUCUGCAGCCAGUUACUCAUUCAUCAAAAACGGUUAAAGCGCAUACAAACUUGUGUGUGAGGAUGAUGUUGACCCCUCACAGGCUGUGCUCAGGGGGCAGCUUAUGGCUCACACUGCUGGGAAGUGAGAGGAUUGUGUUGUUUCUUACAAAUAACAGCUCAGAAUUUAAACCAUCUCUUUAUUCGCACUUAAAAAAAAGAAACAAAAAGAGGAAAAUACUGCAUCUCCAACAAUGUUUGUCUGUCUGCACCUCUGGAAUGGAUCUCAUGUUGUGAAAUGUUGGUGUUAUUGCAAUUAAAGAGGCUUUCUAAACUGCUA